UGUGUGUGUGUGUGUGUGUGUGUGUGUGUGUGUGUGUGUGUACGCACGCAUUUGAGUUCUCCUUCCUCUGUUUCCUGAAUUUGACUGAGACCAAUUUGCCCGCCAUGUAUAGUACUUUUAUUCUUAAAGUCAAAGUUGCUAAUGUGCAUGUACUUUUACUAAAGUACAGUUUAGACUUUUGCUUGAAAUGGUGCAAGUGGUAUUGCUACUUUUACUUCACGAAAGGAUCUGCAUACGUCUUCAACCUCUGCCUGUGCUUAAUACAGAGUGCGGACUGCUGAAAGCUCCGCACCACUUUCCAUUUCUUUCCCUCCGCACUGCGAUUCCGUGAGGUUGAUGGCUCUCCUGGCGGACACUAACUAGCCCAACACCUGGACAGAGCGACCUCCGGGGCACGGUAACGUGUUUAGUGGUCCCUCGAGCAGACGACACAUGAUGGAGACCCGAGUCCAGUGCCCCCAGACCCGAUGGGGAGGGAGACACGAGCAGUGAUGGGACAGUUUUCGGGAGGAUGCUACCUGAGUUUUGGCAUCCUCGUGCUUCUCGGUUCGCAAGUCCCGGCUACGUUUGCAAGAGGACCCCGAGGUGAAGCCCUGCAGCAUGGCCAGUCUGGGACACUGCCCCACUUCCUGGAGGAACCCGUUGACGCUUACAUCGUCAAGAGUAACCCCAUCAAGCUGCGGUGUCAAGCUCGGCCUGCUCUUCAAAUCUUCUUCAAGUGCAACGGCGAAUGGGUCCACCAGAGCCAGCACAUGUCUCAGGAGCACACCGACCUGGGGACAGGUUUGAAGAUCCGCGAGGUGAUGAUCAACGUGUCCCGUCAGCAGGUGGAGGACUUCCACGGCCCGGAGGAUUACUGGUGUCUGUGUGUCGCCUGGAGUCACCUGGGAACCUCCAAGAGCCGCAAGGCAACUGUCCGGAUCGCCUACCUGAGGAAGAACUUUGAGCAGGACCCCCAAGGCACUGAGGUGCCUCUGAAUGGCAUGAUUGUGUUGCACUGUCGUCCCCCAGAGGGAGUGCCUGUGGCUGAGGUGGAAUGGCUAAAAAAUGAAGAACCUCUCAACUCUGGCGGCGCCAUUGAUUCAAGAGGCGACCACAAUCUCAUCGUCUCUGAAGCCCGUCUCUCUGAUUCCGGAAACUACACCUGCGUUGCCAGCAACAUUGUGGCCAAGAGACGCAGUGCCACAGCCACUGUUGUAGUCUACGUAAAUGGAGGCUGGUCAUCGUGGACAGACUGGUCCCCCUGUAAUGUACGCUGCGGUCGCGGCGUGCAGAAACGUUCCCGCACUUGCACAAAUCCAGCUCCUCUCAAUGGGGGAGCGUUCUGCGAGGGCAUGUCGGUGCAGAAGAGCACCUGCAACACACUGUGUCCAGUGGAUGGCAGCUGGGGCGAGUGGAGCGAGUGGUCAGUGUGUAGUUCAGACUGUGACAGGCAGCGCAGCAGAGAGUGUACGGCUCCGGAGCCCAAACAUGGAGGACGGCUGUGUGACGGUGUGGCGCUGGCUCCAGACAACUGCACCGGCGGCCUCUGUACACAGAAUCGAAAGUUGCUACACGAUGCUAAACCACAGGACGUGGAGAACAGCAGUGAUGUGGCCUUGUAUUCAGGCCUCGCUGCGGGGGUGGUGACAGUGGUGCUGCUGAUCAUCGCUGUCACUCUUUACCGACGGAGCCAGAGCGAGUACGGUGUGGAUGUCAUCGACUCCUCCGCCCUCACUGGGGGCUUCCAGUCCUUUAGCUUCAAGACCUCUCGUCAAGCAAACCCCCUGCUUAUUAAUUCAUCCAUGCAACCUGAUCUGACAGUGUCGCGUACCUACACCAGCCCCAUGUGUUUUCAGGACUCCAUUGACAAGGAGCUGAUGGCCGAGCGCUCGCUUCUUGACCCAUUGCCUGAUCUCAAGGUCAAAGGGGCGGCAGAAAGGGCAGAGUACCACGUCAUGUCCCACCCUCAGACGUUUCCGAGGGGCCUGGCUCCGGACUACAGAGGGGUCGCAGUUGGGACGACGCUGGGCAGAAGAGGCAAGAACCUCUUCGCUCCACAAGUCUCUUUGACUCCCAGCAGGCCUCUUCACAAAGCAACUGCAGUGUUUGGUCAUGCUGGAGGCAGGCUGGUGGUGCCUAACACAGGGAUAAGUCUGUUGGUGCCCCACGGGGGGAUCGCAGAAGACACUACCUGGGAAAUGUACAUGAUCAUCAACCAGGAGGACAGCAGCGCUGUGUCCGAGGAGCCAGAGAUCUUCCUGAGCCCUGCAGUCACGUAUGGCCCGCCAGGCCUCGACCUGUCCUGUCCUAUAGCCAUGACCAUAGCCCAUUGUGCGGAGGUUGCUGCCGAUAAUUGGACCAUCCGACUAAAGAGGCAGACGCAGGACAACAAGUGGGAGGAAGUGAUGUCGGUGGACGAGGAGAGCACUUCCUGCUACUGUCUACUGGAGACCCAGAGGUGCCAUGUGCUUUUGGAGCAUCCGGGUUGCUACGCCCUGGUGGGGGAGCCGCUGAACCAGGAGGCGGCCAAGCGGCUGAGGUUGGCUGUGUUUGGUAGUCCGGAUAGCAACAACUCUCUUGGCUUCACCCUUAGGGUCUACUGUGUGGACGACACGCCCCACGCAUUUCAGGAGGUGGCAGCGGGCGAGCGCAGCAGGGGCGGGCGGCUGCUGGAGGAGCCGAAAAUGAUGCUGUUCCGGGGGAACACUUUCAGCCUCCAGGUGUCCAUCCAAGACGUUCCACAGUUACUCUGGAGCAUCAAACCUUUCACCACCUGCCAGGAGUUCUCCUUUUCUCAGGUGUGGGCCAGUAACCAGCGUCCCCUGCAGUGUGCCUUCUCUUUGGAGCGAUACAGCCACUCGUCGUCUCAGCUCUCCUGCAAGAUCAGCAUCCGACAGGUCAAAGGCGAGGAGCAGAUACUCCAGGUCUAUACGUCUGUGGUGGAGAAUGAAAAGGGAGUGGUUCCCUUUUUCACCCAGUCAGACUGUACCAUCACCUCUCAGACAGGGUCAAGGGCCUUCAAAAUCCCUCUGUCCAUCCGUCAGCGGAUCAGCGCCACCUUUGACACCGCUAAUGCCAAGGGGAAGGACUGGCAGCUCUUGGCUCAAAAGCUCCACAUAGACAGGAACCUGUGCUACUUUGCAUGUCAGGAGAGCCCGUCGUCAGUGAUUCUGAGUCUGUGGGAAGCCCAGCACCAGGACUCGGGGGACCUGGACUCUCUGGCCAGUGCCCUUGAGGAAAUCGGCAAGGUCCAGUCCCCCAGGACCGCCACUCUCGGCUGCAGAGGAGAAGAACGGGACUCAGAAUUCACUACACUUGGGUAGGACGCGUCUACAGCAGAGCAAAGUAAUGACGAACCUUUACUGCAUGAACACUGAUUAUCAGGUGUACUAGCUAACCUAUGGUGAGGAGGAGGAGGAGACGCAAAGAGGACAGCAGUUUUGGACUGGAACACCUCUGCUGAACCAAAUGGCACAUGCAGAGAGCUGGGAACCAUGCAACAACGGAGGAGGAAGGAAACGAGUGGGGAAGUGUUAUUGAGAGGCACCAAUAAAACAUUUUAGAAAGGGAUACAGGCGUCCCACACCCGUCUUUGAUUGAGAAAUGUCAACUCCUGACAGUUCUGAUAACCUGUGUUGAAGGAUUAUGGAUAUCUGUGUGAAGAGGAUUCUCCCCGUAGGAUGGAGUGUGUUUUAACCAGACUGCCAAUCAGGCUGCUGUUGUGACUUUCCCAGGAUCAGACGUGCUGACAUUUGCCCUCAAACAGUCGUCUGGGCUGUCAAGAUGUUUAGUGUAAUGUCAUUUUGUUGUCAUUCAUUUUCCACUUCUCCUAAUGCUUCUUUUUGUUUCUACAGCGUGUAUCUAAUGUUAGUGCUGGAGGUAAAGGAGGAAACAGGAAGUAAGGAGUGUUGGAUAUUCAUGUUGUCAGAGAUACUGACACUGAUUAGCAUUUACGAUGAGCGGCUGAAGUCCACGUGCGGGAGAAACGAUGUAUACGAGAGGACUUUGUAAAGCUAAAUUGGCAUUGGCAACAAUCGUUUUAAGAGACACCCACAUGUAGAGCAUUUUUAACGUUUCCAAGCCCAACCUGUAGAACACUUUUUCAAAGCAAAGGCUGCAGAAGAGGAUAAGUUAUCCCAAUGUACAACGCAAUGCAGCACGAGGUGCGGCGCAUCGUCUCGUGUCUAAUGAUCAACUUGUGGUUCUUGUGUCUCUCUGUGUGAUGAGUUUAUACCAGACAUUGGGAACAUUACAUAUACUGCAAAUUGUUGCCGCUGGUUAAGUGGUGUGUACUUUCAAGACCCUCUGGGGCUUACUUCUUAUUUAUUUUUGUUAUAUUUGAACCUUUUGGUGUGUGGCUUGUUUUGAGCUGCUUUUUUUAUUUGUAUUUUGUUUGGAUGAUCUGGAUCAUAGCUAGAUAUCAUUAUUCAGAGACACUUCACCGACUCCCACUCCUCCCGUCUUCUCUUCCCAGGCAGAGUUGCUCCACUUGCCCCUAAACAUGAUAAAGUGACUUUGUGUUGAA